AUGCUUCCUACCGCGACGGAAGCAUUGGUUGAGCAGCAUAUUAAUUCCCACAUGGCAAGGUUUGAAAAUAAACUAAAUAAACCGACACGCGAUGAGUACCUUCUAGCUCUUUCGUGUGUGCCAAUCGUUUCAGCUCAAUAUAAUCGCAACCCAGGAGCAUGGGCUAAAGAGGAGCGAGAAACGCUCGAGCGCCAACUGGUCUUGAUGAAUCGUUGCCGUCCACACUCGUUGGAGGCGAAAUUAAAGAGAAUUGCUCCAGCGCCGGCCAAGAGGACAGUUCCUGCUCAGACUCGUGCGCAGCGGACUCCCAGGGCUAAGCGUACACCAAGAUUCACACCAAAGCAAAAAGUUUUGGACACGUUUGACUUAACCUCACAAUCCAGUAACAAGCAACCCCGAGCUAUAGGCACGAACCGGGAUGACACAGACUAUAAGUCCAUUAUGGAUUAUUCCCCUCCUUUAGAGACUCUCGGAAACAAUGCAAAGGCAUUAAAAGCAGACUGGAAAGGACAAAUGCUGGAUCUCAGCAACGAUUCAGAUCGACACUUGUUGAGCGCCGCCGAGCUCAAUCUUGCAGCCACGUUAAGGCUUUCCUGUGCAACGUAUCUAUGCAGCAAGCGUCGCAUAUUUGAGGCUCGUGUGAGGGCUUUGAACGUCGGAAAAGAAUUUCGGAAGACAGACGCUCAACAGGCCUGCAAGAUUGAUGUUAACAAAGCAAGCAAGCUUUGGACGGCAUAUGAUCGAGUUGGCUGGUUCAGACCAGAGCAUUUCGAACAAUUUCUUAACUGA